AUGGGACGCACCGGCGGCGUGGAGCAGUCUGCGUGCAGGGUCCUGCCCAUCAUCGACGAGGGAUCGGAGUCGGACACGGUGCUGGAGACAACGGCGACGAUGAAGGGGGCCACUAUGGGAGCCAUCGCUGAUCGGAGGAAGGCGGUCGUGGCCAGGAUGAGGGAGCUGCUCAGGCGAGCCGUCACGCAGUCGUCGUCGCUGGCGGCGGCACCUCAGUCCACCGUGGCGGCUACCGCCAGGAAAUGGAAGAGGGCGGUGAGCUUCAGGAGCAGGGAUCAUCAGCGGGGACAGCGAGCGGAGGGCGACAGCAUGAGCUCCGCGGCGUCGUCGGUGUCCAGCAGCAGGAACAGCUUCGGCAGCCGGGACGCCACCUUCUUCCCUUCGCCGUCCCGGACCUCGCACUCUCCGGCGACGACGAUGGCCGGCAGGAUUAUGAUGCAGCAGCAGCACCAUGCUCAGUGGAUCACCACGGAUUCCGAUUUCGUCGUCCUGGAGCUCUAG